AUGAAUUCGAAGUCGGGGUCUCUCGUCAAUGAAUCAACUGCCAAUACGGAUACGGUCCAUCUCGAACGUCUCGCUGUCGACGAGGAGAAGCAUGCAGGGAGUCUGCAGGUCGAAGACGCCGAUUCCCUAGAAAAGAGCCAGAGCGUCGAUGUGGACGUGACGAAUCGAGACGCCAUCAAGGGCGACGAGUCGGAUGGCAAAGUCAACUGGACAUGGAUUCAGAUCACAGCCACUGUCUGUCUUUCAGGCCUCUACGUUGGCUCUCAGAUCCCGCUCUACUUCCUGGGUGGCACUUUGACCUAUAUCUCGGCCGACCUGGGCACUGAGGCGUCCGCAUGGCUACCAGUGUCCUAUUCCCUCGCUCUCGGCGCGGUGACGCCCUUCUGUGGCUAUCUACAGGACUUGCUCGGUAGACGUUACGUGACCCUCGCGGGGGGGUUGAUCCUCCUUAUCGGGUGCAUCGUCAUGGCGACAGCCCAGACGUUCCGAGCUGGCGUUGUCGCCAUGUGCUUUGCUGGAGCUGGUGCAUCGAUUGGCGAGUUGACCGCCGUGGCCGGAACCGCCGAACUGGUCCCGAUCAAGAAACGUGGUAUCUACCUCGCUAUAGUGACUGCUUCGAUCUUGCCCUUUGCACCGUAUCUGCUCUACGCUCAACUCCUGGCAAAACACUCUUCGUGGAGAUGGGGCAUGUGGCUCUGUGUGAUCUGGAACGCCGUGUGGUUCGCCGGUAUUGCGGCCAGUUACUUUCCCAAGUCACAGACCCGGGCACGAGGCGUUUCUCGACGGGCUGUCCUUAAGAGGAUCGAUUAUAUCGGCGGGCUGCUGUCCAUCAUCGGCCUGGUUCUCUUCCUCAUUGCCUUGCAAGCCGGAGGUUCAAGCCACCCGUGGAUCAGCGCCUACGUGCUGGCCAAUCUCUUCAUUGGCUUCUUCUUGCUCGUGGCCUUUUUCAUCUGGGAGUGGAAAUUUGCUCGGUAUCCCAUGAUCCCCAAGGAACUGUUCCGGGGCCAGAACAUUGUUGCCAGCUGCUUCGUCGUGUCGUUUGUGUCUGGCAUGAACUUUUCUGCGCUGCUCAACUUCUUCCCGUUGGAAUUCACGACCGUCUUCGUCCCCGACCCGAUUCAAAUCGGCUUGAAGGACAUUCCCCCGGCGCUGCUCUUGAUCGGCGGCUCCGUCGUGACCAAUGCCCUGUUGUCAUACCUGAGAGGCCACGGCCGUGAGUUGAUGCUCGUUGGGUGUCUUAUCAUGACAUCCUUCUCCGGUGCCCUCGCUUCAAUCAACCCCGACAAGACCGCCGCCGUGAUCGGUCUCGGCUCCAUGGCCGCGCUGGGCGUCGGGAUGGUGACCUCACCGGCGUCGACCAUCGCCAUCACCGUGGCCCCGGACUCGACCAUCGCGACCUGCGUGGCCCUGAUCCUGUGCAUCCGCGCCACGGGCGGCUCCAUCGGCUACGCCAUCUACUACAACGUCUUCGUCGAGAAACUGACGCCUGCCCUGCCCAAGUACGUGGCCGAGUACGCCGUGGCGGCGGGCCUGCCCGUGUCCGCGGCCGAGCCCUUCACCGCGCUGUUCCUCACCGCGCCCCAGAACGUCACCCAGGUGCCCGGCGUCAACGCCGCCAUCGUCGAGGCCGCCACCGUCGGCAGUCGCUGGGCCUACGCCUACGCGCUCAAGUACGUCUGGUACAUCAGCCUGGUGUUUGGCGUCUGCUCCAUCGUGGCCUGCUGCUUCGUCAACAACAUGCAGAAGUACAUGACCAACCGGAUCGCCGCGAAGGUUGGCAACUAG